ACACCACAUCACCGACUUCUGCUUGGACUCAUUUUCGUGUGGGCCCUUGCAGCUGCCAUGCUAUCCCAUGCAUGCUGUGGCAGGUCCGAUAGCAGGUGGUAGGACGAACGGUGCUGGCGUGUGCAACCAGGUUCGAGAGGAUUGGUAUGACCAUCAUUCUCGUAGACUUGAUAUUUGUAGCAAAGCCAGCGUUUUUCGGUAAAAGCCGUCCAGAAAAUACCUUGGCGUUUGUAUUCCCCAAGGUGUUUGAGCAUCCGGAUGCGAUUAUGCGGAAACCAGACCUUUGGCUUAUACUCUUCCAUUCCGCUUGUAGCUUCGGUGCGCCCACGAAGAAGAGAUGACGUCGAUUGCUCCGCCCCGCGAGACCAUGUCCCUGAAGCGGACCCGCAUGAUGGAGACGCCCUUCCUCGGCGACAUGGAGGUCGAGAGCGCUCGCUCCAUGAAGCGCCGCUGCUUCCAGCAGGAGCCGCCCCAUGAGCACGAUCUGCCCAAGUACUCGCAGCGCCAGUUCGAGUUCCUCGACCAGGCCAAGCAAGCCGAGAUGAGCCGAUUAAGAUCGGAGUUUGAACACAUUAUGAUGAGCAAGGAGAACGAGCUCAACGACCUGCGCAUGGAGCGGGAGCGUCUGCGCCACGUCUGCACGGAACAAGCGAAAGAAGCGGAAAAAAUCCAAGCAGAGAACAAGCUCUUGCGCCGCGCGGUGACGAUCCAGAACCAGCAAAAGGAAGACGCGACGCAAGAGAACAACGUGCUCAAGCAAAUUGCGACGCAGGCGGCCGAGCACAUCAAGCGCCUCGAGCAAACCAACUAUGCACUCCGCGUGCACCUCCAAGCGAGCACGGGCAGCAACGGCUCGGCCAACACGUUCUCGUCGGACGUAUACUAGGGCUCUCCCUUCUAUUUGCAUGCCAUUUUUAUUAGUCGUAGACCGAAAGAGAAAUAAAGUCAAAAUUCAUCGCCGUAUUCACAUCUCCUA